GUGAGAGUGAGCGAGCAGCAGUAGCAGACACAGACCAGCCACCAUGAUAGCUGCACCGCUGCCGAUCCUCGUCCUCUGCCUCGCCCUGGGUGUGGGCGUUGGUCAGGACUUCACGUGCCCUGCGCCAGAGGGACAGUUCGCCAGUGACCAGAACUGCAAAAUAUUCUACCAAUGCGUGGGGAACUUUCCAUACCGCCAGAGGUGUGCCGAGGGUUCCUACUACGAUGGAAGUAAACAUGAAUGUGUUAGUAGAUUUGAUAAAAACAUCAAGUGUGGGCCCCAGCCUGUAGCUGAGGUAGUGGAGAAAGUCGUUGACCCAUUCGAAGCCGGCCCAUGUGACCCUCUGGAGUGCAGACUGCCCUACUGCCAUUGCUCAUUGGAGGGCAAAGACAUCCCAGGCGGACUGAAGCCUAGUGAGACGCCCCAGAUGAUCAUGUUGACGUUCGAUGGAGGCAUCAACGACCUCAACUUUGAGACGUUCUCCAGGCUCUUCCUCGAGAACCGCACCAACCCCAAUGGCUGCCCAAUCCGCAGCACUUUCUUCGUUUCCCACGAGUACACCAACUACCAGCUGGUUGAGGAGUUCUACAGCAGAGGUCACGAAAUUGCUGUCGGCACCGUCAGCCGACGAACGGGGCUAGAGGACGAAGGAGAAGAGGUAUGGAUUGGGGAGGCAGUUACCAUGAAGGAGAUCCUGCAGAACUUUGCUGGGGUAAGACCCAACGACAUCAAGGGCCUUAGAGGCCCCCAUCUCAAGCCCGGCAGAGAAGCCCAGUAUGAGAUGUUGAGCCAGUACGACUUCACAUGGGAUUCCACCAUCAACAACCCACCGACAGCAGUUCCAGUAUGGCCCUACUCGCUUGAGUAUAAAAUACCCCACGAGUGCCGCUCAGGGACCUGCCCAACCAGAUCUUUCCCAGGUCUUUGGGAGUUGCCCAUGAACUCUCACUUCAAGGACUUUGAAUACCAGGGAGGUUUCUGCCCCUACUUGGACCAGUGCGCUCUCAGUUACCUCAAUGAACCCGACGUGCUUGAGUGGCUCAUUUUGGACUUUGAGCGCUAUUAUUUGGCUAACAGAGCCCCAUACAUGAUGGCACUGACAACCAACUGGUUCCAGACCCCAGCCCUGGAAAAUGCCCUCCAUGCCUUCAUCGACUACACCAUGCAGUUCGAGGACGUCUACUACACUACCAUGACCGAGACACUUCAAUGGGUGACGACACCACAGAGACUCAACGAGCUCUCCCGCUUCCAGCCUUGGGACUGUAAACAGAGAGUUCUCCCUGACCCACCCUGCACUACUCCAGAAUCCUGCAAGCUCACUCUGAACCCCAAGUUUGACAACAACACUGAGGCUCCCUUCGGUUCCAGGUACAUGGUAACUUGCUAUGGAUGCCCACAGACGUACCCAUGGGUUUGGGAUGCUACAGGGUUAUCUCGUGACAAGGACACCUAUACACAGUAUACCAAUGACCGGGCAGAUCUUGCUGCCCUCGACUCAGCCACUGCUUAAGGUCCCCCCCUACUAUGUCAUUAAUUGUUUAACAGAAUUUUUUCUGCUAUCUGAACUGGUAUAUAAAUAGCCUAAACAUGCAAUUAAGUGUCAGAAUUUUAUGAUUUUCCUCCAAAACACAAUCAGGAUUUUUAGUAUUUUUCCCAAGUCCCCAAUUGGGUUCCUGGACAGGAAAAUUGAAUAUAUUGUACUGUCAACUUUACGGAAAAGAUGAAAAUUGAGUUUAGUCAUUAAUGUUUAUGUGACCAGAAGCUUAGAAUAAUGGUCAUACAUCAAGAUCAGAAAACCUAAUUAUCGAAUUAGUAAAUUGAUGCUUAAAGCUGUACAUAUUUUGUCUUUUUUUAUGUGUUUACUGUUUUGGUGGUUUGAAUCGUGAAGCAUCGGCCAUAUAUUCAUCAACAUCAGAGAGCUCAUUGAAGGAUUCAGUAAGGGGCCUUAGUUAAUAUUCCACUAUACUGUAUUUGCGUUUGUGUAGUGAGUCAGUGAGUGCUCUUUACUGAUUACUUCUUACAGACCACCUGCAUCUUAUAUUAUCGACCUGUGUAUAUGUGCAAUGUGACGAUGAAAAAUAUAAGCCACAAAAACA